AUGUCCCACUGGGCCCUGCGAGGGACGCGCGCCGAGCUGUACAGCGCGGACGUCGUUGGCGUCUCGCCGCUCACCAAGGGCCUGCUCCACGUCAUCGUUGGCGCGGCUAAGCGCGCUGUGCUGCUUGCGGCUUCUUUCGUGCCCGUGAGCUUCUGGCUCGCGCUGGGCCUAGACAUGCACGGCAGCACGAGGAAGAUGCUGGGCGCGCGCGUCGCCGAUCCGAAGCUCCAGUUCCACGCGGGUGAGCUCGCCGUGCAGGAGAAGCGCGGGUCAAAGGAGAGCGCCUACGACAUGGUCGUGCUCGGUGGCUUCGUUGAGAAGCAUCUGGACACCGACAUUCAGCGCUUCUUCUUGUCGGUGCAGUACAUGGUUGUGUCGCACCUCGACCCUCAGACGGGGCUGGUCUGGGCGACGACCGCCGCCACGCUCGCGGGCGAGCACGUCGAGGUGCAAGCCGACGGCAUCAAGAUCGCCACGGCUGCCUUCCCGGCGCCGACAGACCCGCUGCUGACGCUGCUCGAGGGCGGCGCCCCCGUGCAGGUGGGCGUCAUCGCGAUGCAGCCCGAGGUGCGCCAGCGCCAUCGGCUCUCGGGCGUCGCCACGCUCAGGGGCGGCGUCGUCGAGGUCGCCCUCACCUCCGCAUGGUUCAACUGCCCCAAAUACAUCAAGCGCGUGGAGGUGGUGCCGCCGCCGGCCGAGGCGGACCGCGCCGCCGUGGUGACGUGCGCGGCGCGCGGCCUCGAGGACGACGAGAAGGCGCUGGUGCGGCAGAGCGACACCUUCUACAUUGGCUCCGCCGAGCCGACGGCGGGCGCCGACGCGUCGCACCGCGGCGGGCGGCCGGGCUUCUGCCGCGUGUCCGACGCCGCCGACGGCACGACGACCAUCGAGUACGGCGAGUACAACGGCAACGGCACCAACAUGACGCUGGGCAACAUCUACGCAUACGGCCGCGCCUGCCUGCUCUUCGUAGAGCCGCGGAGCGGCCUGCUGCUCCAGCUCUCGGGCAGCGCGUCCGUCGAGUUCCCCGAGGAGGGAGGCGCGAAGCUCGACGCGGGCGACUGCUACGUGAGGCUGCGCGUUGAGCAGGUGUGCCGCAUCGAUCACGGCAAGUUCGUCACGCUAACGUACCCCGGGCUGGGCGGCGCGCUGCGCUCGUACACGAUCGCCUCGUCGCCCGCCGAGUCGGCAGCCACCGGCGGCUUCCACCUGGCCAUCAAGCGCAAGCCGGGCGGGCUGGUCUCGACGUGGCUGCACGAGCAGGCCGAGGCGAAGGCGCCCUUCGCCGUCCGCGUGCUCGGCGUUGACGGCGGGCCAAUGGUGCUCGCGCCCGAGGAGCGCGCGGUGCUCAUGAUCAGCGCCGGGGUCGUGGCGCUCGAUGAGCUCCAUGCGCUGCACGCGAGCGGCGUGCUCGCGUCGCUGGAGCUGGUUGAGACACGCGGCGAGCCCAACCGGCGCAUAGCGCGCGCGCACCUAGCACGCGCGCUCGGCACGCGCUCGCCGACGGUGCUGCUGUGCGGCCCCGAGCAGUUUAUGUACCCCAUCAAGCGCACGCUCAUCGACGACCUCGGCCUCGACCCGGGCCUCAUCUGCUUCGACGACUUCACCUUCUGA